GGCCGCUAUGCUCGACGCGCGGCGCGGUCGGUUAGUGGGCGCCGCGAGUUUGCUCCGUAAAGCUCGUCAGCCGAUCUUCUCAGUCAGUUGAACACACACGCGUCGCGCUGUUUCCGACCUGGCACCGACCGGGACAACGCUUCUUUUCGCGACGAAGUCUACGCGGAUGAGGGAAAGCCUAACAAAGAAGGGAACCAUCAUUGAGCCGUGGAAACGGGAACGGGAACGUGUAAGCGCAGCUGGAAAGUGCGCUGCGAACGAGAAGGACGAGCGCCGCGAUAAACCGUGGGAACGUUGAUAACGAUAAAGAAAAAAGGCGACUUGGUCGAAGCGCGCUGGAUCCCGAGUAUCUUGGAAUGAUAGUCGUCGAUGUGGUAGUAAAAAGCGGUCUCGAAUGCGACCGUGAACGCAGCCGGCCGGGCUGCCGAUCGUGAUCUUAUCGGCAGCCUUCCCGAGGCACGCAUUCGCCACCCGUGAAUCCGGACUGAACCGUCGACGAUGUCGUCAGCCACAGCCUGCAGCGUCUUCGACGACCUGCCGUUGACGCCGAUCGCGUCACCAUCGGAGAGCCCGAUGCAAAGUCUCGAGACGGAGUCGAACGGGGAUCAACGAAUGUACAGCGACGCGUUUUUAAGCAGUUGCGCCGAACUCUCUAGUUACACCGAUUCCGUCUGCGACAGGGAACGAUGCACCACCACUUGGUUCUCUCAGGUUCGCCGUAGAUGUUCCAGCAUUCGCAAUAUGUUGAACGGUUCGACAGAUUGGCUACCGAAGAUGUGUUCCUGCUUGGAGACUAGCACCGCGUUCCUUAGCCAAUCCGUUGGAAACUAUCAGCGGCUUAGUGGGAAAGGAAAUAUCUUCGAAUUUGCCCGCGUCAAUAAAAAUCGUGCCGGCGUUGGAUUCGGGCAACCGUCGGACGAAAGCGAACAAGACGACGAGAAGAUAGAUGUACUCCGGGUUUACUGCGAAGAUGAGAGUUGGUGCGAGGUAACCAUCCAGAAAAAUAUCCGUGCGAUAGACUUGUGCGAGCUACUGAAAGCGAAGAAGAGAGCGGUCGGGGUUAAUUGGUCGAUCGUGGAAAUGUGGUCGGAGCUAGGAUUAGAGCGCACGUUGGAGGACCACGAAGACGUGACAGCCAUCUACAGGGAGACGAGACUGUUUCCUGUCAAGCGGCUGCGAAAAUUCGUCUUUCGGCAGGAUUACAUGAAAUAUCAAUUCUUUUACGAUCCUAAAGAGUUCUUUCCCACCGAGAUGAUAGACGUGCCGGCGGUGUUCGCGGAGGACAGGGACACGCUGGCGGAAGCAGAGACAGCGUUACGGGGCUAUUUAGAGGACGAGGAAGUCAAGUGCCCGGAGAUAUUCAGUCUAGUUUGGGUACAGAUCGGCCGGGUGAACGUUUGGCGGAGGAUCCAUUUGCUUCUUCGCGAUAGAAAUCUCUACCAAGCGAAAAAGGACACGAAGCGGGUCUAUCCGUUUUGCCACUUGUCGGAUCACGCGGUGUACAAGAUUACGAACGCUAGGAGGAGAUUUAAAGCGCCCUUCCCCUGGGGCAUUUGCUUGAGGCCAGUCACCAACGACGAAUCCGAAAGCAGCCAGUUUGGAGAAGCCGGGCUCAAGAUUAUCGCUUUCCACAGUGAAAAGUCCCGUGCCUGCUGGCUCACGGCCAUGAGGCUCGCCAAGUAUGGUAAACAACUCAGGGAAAAUUAUAGAGCUUUCAAGAACAAACAGUGCGAACAAACCGACAAUCCAAAGGACCGGUACGUCAACUACAGUGCGUCGAACGAAUCGGUGCGAUCCCGCGUGGCGAUGGACUUCACUGGAAGUGUUGGGAGGAUCGUCGACGAUCCGAAGGAGGCGAAGAACAUCGCCGAGGUCGAAGGUGUAAACUGGCGGCGAACGUGGAGGCCGUUUUCGAGACCGCCCCCGGGUUGCGCAGUGGUCCGGCUUCACGGUCUAGACGACGGUAUCCACGUUCUACAACCGUGGUUUCACAGAGGCCUGAAGAGGGAUAUCGCCGCAGCCAUCGUCAGGGAUUACGGUUCCGUCGACGGGGUGUUCCUGGUUCGGGAGAGCAAAAGCAAUUUAGGCGCGUUUGUGCUGACAUACAAGUACAGCGACAAGGUGUUCCACGCGCAGAUACAACCAGUAUUUGACGAACGAUGUAACUGCUGGCUGUACACUCUCGACAAAGGCGUGACUAGGUUUUACGACCUGCUGCAACUAAUCGAAUUUUACCAACUGAAUGCCGGCUGUCUACCCACGAGGUUGACCCACUACGUGCAGAACGGCGUCCCGGCGAUGCUUCCCCUGCCGGUCCCGUUGACGCAGUUUGACGACGGCGACGGCACGCCACCGUCGGCCGAGCUCGGCCGACGAUUCAACUCGGCGAACAACACGUGCAUCGGCACGCACGUCGAGCACAAGCACAAGAGCAUUUGAGGAUAGGGAUUCCAGCGGCUCGGCGGCGAGAAUCUCGCCGCCGGGUGCCCGCUCGACUACGCUUCUCGAAGGGAGCUCGAAGUAAACCGGCCCCCCGACGCGAACGUACGAUCCGCGCGUUCGGGUUGCUGGAGUUUGUGCCUCUGCAGCUACAGCAAGUGGAACCUGUAGCCUUGCACGAUUAUUAUCUGUUUUCCUCCGCAAAGGAGCGCGAAAAGUGUGAUUGCCAAUUAGAAUUUGGCAGCGAAGAGUAAACCGUGCACGCACCAUGCGACGCGCCGCUCCUCCGGUUAUCCGGAACUCUCGUUGCCCGUUGCCUGUUACCUUUUUAAUCGAUUUCGUCGUCCGUCACGCGUAUUCCUCGCUAUGAAAAUCGGCUUUGAUUGCGGUCAAUCAAUACCUAUUUUCUACGGCGGCUUCUCUUGCCUAAAUCUGGGCCGUGCCGCGGGACCACCGGACGACGGAGGAGCGCGCAGAACUAAAUAGAUUAGUGCUCGGGGACAAGGAAACAACAACUUUACUAUGAUUAUCAUUCAAUCGUUAUUACUACAAUUAUUAUGAUUACGAUUAUUAUUACCAUCGUGGUCGUUGUCAUCAUUUAUCAUUAUUAUUGUUAUCAUUAGCGACACAAGUAUCAUCGAUGCAAACUACGAUAAGAUAUAUUUUGUACGAAAGUAGGCGGUGACCCGCGCAAUUCACCAGAUCUCGACGUCCAUGCAAAGAACAAUAAAACUUAUAUACGCGUGUGUAUAUGAGCACGUCGCGUGUAUACACGUGUAUAUAUGUGCAAAAUGUC